AUGGAGGAUAGGGUCACGACCGACCAAUCGUCACCCCUUCCCGGCGCUGGGCCAGCGGAGAACGUCGCUGCAAGGCAGCCCGGAGAUGGCCCCAAGGAAUAUCAUGAGUGCCUUAAGAACCACACCGUCAAAAUUGGCGGCCACACACUUGAUGGAUGCAUCAAGUUCUUGCCUCUGGGCGAGGAGGGAACCCUGGAUGCGCUGAAAUGCCUCGUGUGCAACUGCCACCGAAACUUCCAUCGUAAGGAGACCCCCAAUGACACCUACCUGGUGCCUUACUACCACCACUCGCCGUUGCCGUUGGCAGCGUACUAUGGGGAGCAAGUGGGCUACCCCCGUUUGCAAGGGCAACAAUGCACCACACUAGCACUCCCCACCAGGUCAAGGGGCAAUGGUGGGGCCCAGUCCUCAAGGGAGGACUUGGAGGCAGUGUCAGACCCAACGAGUGGUGCCACUCCUUAUGGCGGGUCCAGUAAGAAGCGUUUCAGGACUAGGUUCACCCAAGAGCAAAAGGAGAAGAUGUUGGCCUUUGCAGAAAAGCUUGGUCGGAGGAUUCUUAAGCACAAUGAGAGUGUUGUGCAGGAGUUUUGUGCCCAAACUAGCGUCCAACCUCAUGUGCUUAAGGUGUGGGUGACCAACAACAAGCACACCUUGGGUAAGAAGCCCUAG